UCAAAACCAAACUUCUCUUUUGAGUCACCACUAAAGUACAGAACAUAACACCCAUGGCUUCCAUCUUGGUCUUCACUUUCCUUACUUUCCUGUCAAUCACUAGAGCUCAAGAGAGAGCUCCUCACGGGCUCUCUUAUGAGAACCCCAUGGCUUUCUCUCCAUCAGCAUUCGACUUUUUCCACCCGAAUACUCAGCAGCCAGGUACUAAAACCCCGUGUGCUGCUUCAAAUUGCUCGCCAUUGACUCUAGCAGCUACAGUGAAAUCGAGUUCAGCACAUGAAAGCAGGUCAACACCAGAGUCGAGUGGGAACAGAAUGGGUGCCGGUGGCAUUGCUGGAAUUGUUUUCAGUUUUGUAUUUGCAGUACUUUUGGCGAUGGGUGUUUACUAUGUGACGAUCACACGUCGAGCCAAUUUGAGUCGACGAACUAAUUCUGUCCAGCCUGAUGUUUGAUAUGCUCACUCUGACUGGCUUAGUGAUACCUAGAGUGAGCUUUCCUCACCCAACCCCAACCUUUCUUCUUCUUCUUCUUCCGUUAUUAUUUUUAUUUUUUUUAUUUUUAUUUUUGAUUUGGGAUGUGAGAUGUACCUAUAAUUCUUAUUAGUUAUUAAUUUUAUGAAAUUCUGCACUCAUAACACUAGUCAAUGUCAUUCAUUACCACAUCCUAUUUUGAGUCGAAAAAGAAAAU